AUGUUCAAAUACUUCGUUUUCGCCGCCUUCUGCCUGGCCAGCGCUGCUGCCGCUCCGGGAUACUUGGGUGGAUUAGCUGCUCCGGCUUUGCCUUUGGCUGCUGCUCCGGCCAUCUCCUAUGGACACGCCCUGGCCGCUCCCUCCCUCCUGGGCCCCAGGAUUAGCUAUGCUUCCCCGGCCUUGGCACACGCUCCUCUGGCUGCUCCCGCCAUCUCGACCUACGGAUUGGGUUACGGACAUGGUCCCAUUGGCCUGGCUCACGGCUCCCUCGGCCUGGCUCAUGCUCCUCUGGGUCUGGCCCAUGGAUCCUUGGGCCUGGCUCAUGCUCCUCUCGCUGCUCCCCUGGGACUGGGCUACAAGUCAGCCUAUCCGGCCCUGGCUGCUCCUUCCUACGGACUGGCGCAUGGUUGGUAA